GGUUGAGGGGUGUGUGUUGCCAUGACAACACACUGUGUAGUUAGCCGACUCUUACCUGUAACUAGACCAACCUGGUAGCUUUGUGAAUUAAAACGUUUUUUUUUUCUGUGACUGGGAACAUUUGUGAGCCCUCAGGAUGGUGAGUAAACUCCGUUGUUUCAUCUUGGUAAUUUUGUUGUGUUAUGAAAGUGUGAGUAAAGUCCUGACGUCCAGAUAAAGCUGUGUAAAGAGGCUAAUGGUUAAAAGCACGCUCAGCUAACGCAUGAUCGUGAUGAUUGAUGAUGUUUUCAGCCGCCGAAAUCAGAAAAGAAAAAGACAGCUGCUAAGGCGAAACCUUCAGCGGUGGUGGACGGAGUUUCGACGAAGGAGAUGUCCAAAGAUGAGGUUAGAGCUGCUGCUGCUAAGUUAACCUUAGCAUUUGAAACAGCUGUACUGUUUGGGGGGUUCAGACGUUUGAAACCGUUACUAAUGAGAUAAAAAUUGAACUAUAAAGCACUAAGUAAUUGCACUAAAACUCUUCACUAAGCUCACUACUCAAUCAUAAUGAGAAAGAAAGUUAACUUCCUAAUUAAAAUGAUAAUGAUCUAAUAAGACUAGUUUGUUUUGGGAAGGCAUUUUGUUCUAUAUAAAAGCAUUUAUUUAUAAAAACUAAAGGUACAAACAGAAAAUUAGAAUCAUGACAUGAAUUCAUCUGCAGCGGGAUAAUUAUCUGACCCCAGUCAGGACUCUUCUAAUGUCUGUGUAAAACACCUUGAAUGUCUUGUUGCUGAAUUGGUUAUCUUGUAAACACAAAAUAAUGUAUUUGUAAGAUAUAUUUUUCUUAUACAGUUUGUACACUGUGGACACAAAGGGAAAUCUUAUGUGCAUAACAUUAAUACACUAUGGGCUGCUUGAUUAUGGCAAAACUCAUUUUCAUGAUUAUUACAUUUGUACAUUGUACAUUUUUUGGCAUGUGUUGAAGGGCUGGGUUUAGGGUCAACACUGAUACUCAAGCUUUUACUGUAUACAUCUAUCACAGUGGUUCUCAAGUCCAGUCCUUGAGGCCCACUGUCCUGCAUGUUUUGGAUGUUUCCCUGCUCCAACACACCUGAUUCAAAUGAUCAGCUCGUUAUCAAGCUCUGUAAUGGCUUAAUAACGAGCUGAUCAUUUGAAUCAGGUGUGUUGGAGCAGGAAAAAAAACAAAACAUGCAGGACAGUGGGCCUCAAGGACUGGACUUGAGAACCACUGAUUUAUUCUAACUUCCUCAUGUGUCUGUUGACGGGCAGCUGUGGGAGCACGCUCUCCGCUUGAGGGAGGAGCUGGACAGAGUACGGGAGGAGAAGAGCUACUUCAGGCAGGAGAGGGACAAGAGCCUCGAAGCCUGGGACAUCAGUAAGAGGGAUUUGGAGGAGACAAAGGCCAGAGUGAGGAAUAAAGAGAGGCAGAGGGAGGAGGCGAUGGAACGCCACCGUGUGGAGAUUUUUGUGAGCUUCACUACCACACAUAGCACCAGUUUCAGAAAAAAAGUCAGGACACAAUGUAAAACGUUGAUUAAAACAUGUUUUAAUAGUUUACAAAUCAUUUGGCGUCAUCCGUUGCAAAUAAUGCAAAGACAAGACAUCAAAUGCUGAAAUUGUGACAUUUUAGUGUUUAAUGAAAAACAAAUGCUCAUUUCAAAUUUGAUGGCAGCAUUUAUGAUGUUUAAAAAAAAAAGGUUUCAGAGGAACAAUCAAACAGGUAAAAGUUGUCAGAGGAAUGACCAAACAAGUAAAAAGUGAUGUAAUGCUAAAAAAAAAAGAAGAAAAUAAACAUUUGUAGGAACAUCUCCAAUUAAUGAGGUUAAUUUCCAACAGGUUAGUAAAGUGACUGAGCAUCAAAAGCAAAUUCAGAUAGGCUGCCUCACAGCAUUACAGGAAAAAAAUACAGAACUCAUUUGACAGGUUGUGCUUCCCUGGAAUACUUUCAGGGAGAGUUGCACCUAUUUGUCAUUUAAGCUGUCUUAGAGUAGAAAAUAAAUCCCUGGUUUAAGAUACUUUUACAGAGGGUUCAAAGUGUGACAGAUGAUUAAGUGGAUGUUGCUUGAUUCACUUUCACUUGGGUCUGAGCGUUUCUUCUGAUUAUUGCUGUGGUCCAGGAGCAUAAGCAGAAGCUGAAACACCUGCUGUCUGAACAACACAACACCAUCUUUAAGCUAAAGAUGGACAACCUCACCUCCACCUCACUGAUCCAGAACCAGCACACAGAGGCCGAGCUUGGGCUGCUUGGAGAUGUUCACAGCCUGCAGGCAGACCACAGGGAGAGGAAGCUUAUGAAUGAAAACCGGAUCAGGGAGCUCAAAGAGGUCAGUCUGGCUUCUUUUUCAUGCUUGAAUUCAUCUCCUGUUUUAUUUUUCACACCUUUCCCCUUUUUUUUUCUUUUUUACAGAAGCACCAGGUUGAGCUGAUGAAGCUAGUGAAGUACUGUGACAACAGAAAUAGAGGUGAGAAAACUUGCUCUUCAUUUUCCCCUGUGAAAAUCUGUGAACUGUCUACACUGUCUUCAUGCAACACUUCUCCUCUUUUGUAUUUGAAAUAUAGAAAUUACAAUGGAGUAUCUGAAGGAGGUGGAGAGCGUGGCGGAGGCAGAUAGGAAGAAGUUUAGCGAGGAGAUCCAGAGGCUGGAGGAGGGGUAUAAAGACCAGGUGGCAACUCUCAUGAAGAAUCAGAAAAGAGAACUGGAAGUUGCUCAACACCAGGCUCUGGAAAAGCAUCGAGAGCAGAAGAGAAUGAAGGUAAAGAGCUCCCUAACACCGGACUGCUACAGCUCAGCUUCAUCUAGACUUAACAACGUAUUCUGUGCUGUUGGUGGACACUGUGCAUGCUGGCUUUACAGCCAUUGCUGUUUAGACUGUCCUUUUUUAUCCCAACGUUGACCCCUGCAUUUUUCUAUUCUAAUAACUUGACAUGAUUGAUAUUUAUUUUUACUGUGUUUGUGCACUGUAAACCAAGUUUAUGCAAGAGGAUCAGGACCACUAAAAAAGGAAAAUAAAGUUUAGAGGCAGAAUUCCAAAUUUAACCCAAGAAUUCUGUGAAAAAGUCAUAAUUCUGAAAAUUUCUAACUAACAGAAUAAAAAAAGUUAUUAAUAAAAGCAUGUUAAAAAUAAACAAGAGUGUCAAAUAAGAGCAGACUGGUCACUGAACAUGUAAUUAAAAGCUACAGUCAGAAGUACAAAAAUGACUGGACACGGUCAAACAAAAAGCUGAUAUGAUACUGUCAGGCAGACUGCAAUAGUUAAGGUUUGAUACUCUGUUAAACUAUUCUGUGUUACGUGUUGUUACAAAUAACAAGUUAAUUAGUUAUUGAGAGUCCUGUGCGCACACAUGAGAACAUAACAAGACUUGUUUUGUGUGUUCAGUUUUAUGGUUGGAUGUUGAACGGUACUCACGGUUCACUGCAUGGACAUGCUAGCUCGCUGUCUGUGCUUGAGUCAGAGGCCUCAACCUAACACAAAAGUGUUUCCUGUAUACUUUCUGUACUUACUAUUCUGUACUUACCAACUGAAGCUCAGUAAAGGCUGCAAACGAAGAUUCCUUGUUGUGCAAAAUACUUUCCACCCACGCACGUGGGAUCACAACUCAUCACAAGGUCAGAUCGCAGCAAUACGAUAAGAUGAAAUACCAUAAGUUAACAUUUGAUGGGAUUUGGUAAGUUAUGAUUCAGUAAGAUUUGAUUCAAUAAGAAAUAAUACAAUAUCAUUCCAUACCAUAAAAUACAGUACCAUACAAACUGAAACCAUAUACAACAACAGCAAAAGAUGUGUUAAGAUCUAAUGUAACACAUGGUAGAAUCGAAGAUAAAUAUGGUACAAAGACAUUCAGAAAAGAUGAAAUACAAAAUAACAGGAUAAGAUUUGUGAAAGUAAAUUGAUGAAAUAUUACACAGUUCAAUAUCUGAAAAAGACGAAUUUACUGGGUAAAAAUGAGACGAGAGACAAUGAGUCGGUUUCUUUUGUCUUCAGUCAGUCCCCAUAGAAAAGUGAAAGUUUCCAUGUGUUCAAAAGUCAUGAAUGAAUUUCUUUUUCUUGAGUUUUUCCAUGAAUGUGUUUGUCUUUCUUCAGGAUGAGUUGUUGACUUUGGAGAAGGAGAAGACCAGAGCGGCCAAGAGGGCUUUAGCUGCCCAGCAGAAGAAGAAAUGUCUGGAGGAGUCUGUGCAGGAGGCCCAAAAGAGGCUCGCAGAGCUCAAGAAAGAGAAAGAGGAACGUAAAAAGGCCGGGACUGAGGCUUUGGUGGGUUCAGUGCAUAUAGUUCAGAAUCACUCCAUUCAGAUGCGUUCCAGUUACUGACUUAGACUUUCCUGACUGUGCUUUUUGAUAAGGUUGAUUUUUUUAAACUUUCCAGUCAAACAGCUUUAUUAAUACAGCAAAAUUUAACAAACAAGCGCUGCACAGUAAGAAAGCAGAAAUAAUAAAAAUGCAAAACUUCAUAAAACAAUGAGAGGCUGUGAAACACACAGAGGGACAGUAAAAGACGAAAAAAAUGUCAACAUAAAACCACAGAGACCAAACAGCUCUCAUACUGGGUCAAAAGCAGAGGAAUCAAAGUCAGUUUUGAGCUGUGAUUUAAAAGUUAGUACAGUCAGGGACAUUUCAGUGGGAGGAGGGGCAGCAGAGAAAGUCUUGGGCAGAUCAGCAGACCUCAGAGACCUCGAAGUAAAUAAUUAAAAAUAAUUAAAAGCCUCAGAUGAUAAAAAUAAGAUUUAAACAGCAGAGUUCAUCUGUUUGUCCACUUCAUAACCAAGUCAUUACUCACCGUGGGUUUGAAAUGACUUUUCAGGGGGCCCAGGUCCAUCAAAGACUCAUCACGGGAAGCACUGGGUCCAAACACAACAGCCUUAGACCUUGAGAUUAAAAAAAAUCAAGGUCAUCUGGAGAGACAAUCUAGUAAGGGUUUCAGGGAGUUUUGGCUAUUUCUUUUCAGGGGUAUGUAGAUUUGAGUGUCAUCUGCAAAUCCAUGGUAAGAGACACUAGGUUUUUUAGAAAUCAAACCCAGGGGAAGGAGGUGAAGUGCAAACAGUAUGGACCCAAGAAAAAAAACCCUAAAAAGUCAAAGCCUGCCGCCUGCUUCACAGACCUAGUGUUACGCUGAAUUCUGACCAACUCAUUCAAAGGCUUAUUUCCCUGAAAAUUCAAGAGUGAUAUUAAAAUCGUUUAACACCUGUGUCUCCUGCCACAGUUAAAGGGGUAUUCCAGCAUAAAUGUAAGUUGUGGUCAAACACACCAGAACACUGAGUUAGACACUCCCUCGAGAGAUGAAUUUUGCUGACUGCUUGCUUCUCUAGUUUUAUCAACUUCAGCAAUGACCGCACGAUAACAAUACGCUGUGGUCUAUGUCUCCACGCGCAAGCCGCAACCAAAAAGCCACUCGUAGCCACAAUAAAUGCUCAGAACAGCACCUAACUUCAUCAACAGUACAUAUAGGGUUCCAGCACAUAGUACUAGCCACCAAACAUCUUUUUAGCUUUUUUCUUUGGAAAAGAGACCAAACACAACUCACCCACUCUCCACCAGCAGCCACUUGUUUGUGGGGGAGCCCUGAUGGGACCCCAUCUAAGUUAAUCUCAAGACUAUUCAGGCUUUGAGAACCAGCAGCAUGAUGGGCAACACUGUGAAUCUAAUACCCAGAUAAAAUACUCCUCACACUGCUGAUAAUGUGUCUGACAGAAAUACAUGGCUCGAGUGAAGGUCAUGAAGAAGCAGAUCAGAGAGCUGGAUAUAGGGAAUGUGGGACUGGAGCAGGCCUGUAUGAAGGUAAGACCCUCACAUCUCAAGUUUUAGCUCGGCAGGUUCCUGUAAAUCAAUAAUUUCAUAUUUUUAUUUCUGGCAGGUUCAGAGAGAGUGCGACGAGCUGCGGAAGAAGCAGAUGGAGACCAUUCUGGACAUACAGCAGAAGAGUGUACGGAGGGAUAUGAUCCUUGAAAGGAAGAUGGCAGCCAUGUCAAAACUUGAAGAGGAGCAGGAGGCUCAGCUCUCUGCAGCAAUGGCAUCACUAAAUAUUAACCGAGCUAAAGAUUACAAGGCUGCAAACUAACCCCAAAUACAAUUGAACAUCUGUUAUAUAUUUUUUAUAUAUAUAUAUUUAUAUAUAUAUACACACACAUUAGUGUCAAACUUGAAAGUAUUUUGAAUACUCGUGAAUUGUUCUUAUCUCUGUUGUCCCUGUUAAUCAUUACUUCUUGCUCCCUAAUGUUGUAUCCAUUUUUUUUUUUUUAAGCUUUGCCAAUCUUAAUUCUUGAGAGCUGCUGUGUACAUGUUAGCUUAGAUUCUACAUAAUAAACAGAAAAACCUACAAAACAAACAUUAAAACCUACAACAUAUUUAUAUGGUAGCCAUCUCACUGUGAAACUUAUAUCCUUAUUUAUAUAUUAUUUUGGCGUUCCAAGUAAUAAAAACCUCAAUAUUCUGCCUGAUGGUGAUCAUUUUAUAUUUUACAGCUCCCUGACUGAUAAGCAGCCACAAAGAUUAAAGACAGAGAUGUUCAGGAGACGGA